AUGGGAGAAAGGAUUCAGAGCACUGCUCGCCCACGAUUGCUUAUUACUUCCCCUCAGCUUCGAAUUCAAACGGACGGAGCUGUGCGGCGCCAAUGGGAUCUGCAAGGUAGCCAAGAAGAUAUGCAGGCCCAGCAACUCAGAGAAGAAAGGAAGAAAAUAACCAUACUCGAUUUCAAACCGGUACGGGUCAUCGGCAAGGGCGCCUUCGGAUAGGUCAGACUCUGCAAGUGGAAUAAGUCCAAUGACCCCGUCGCAGUCAAAAAACUAAAAAAAAGCGAAAUGAUCUUCAAGAACAAAGUGAUGCAGUCCCGCGAGGAAAGAAACGUACUCGCAAACUCAGAAAACAACCCCUGGGUCGUCGGCCUCAAAUGCUCAUUCCAAGAUGCCGACAAUCUCUACCUCGUCAUGGAGUACCUCCCCGGUGGAGACCUCAUGAACCUCCUCAUGAAGAAGGAUAUCUUCACCCACGAAGAAGCGCAAUUCUAUACCGCACAGAUCUUGAUGGCCUUGGACUCCGUCCAUAGGAUGAAGUAUAUACACAGGGACCUAAAACCCGACAACGUUCUUCUCGAUGCCAACGGACACAUCAAAUUGUCAGAUUUCGGACUCUGCAAACACACAGAGAUCAAACCCAAACGAUUGCUGGACAAUAUCAAAAAAGAAGAACCGAUCAAUGAACGAGAAGAAAAGGCAGAAUUCGGAAAAGACUUCCAUAAAAGAAAUAGAAAAUUGGCAUACUCAGCAGUAGGGACGCCCGAUUACGUUGCUCCCGAAGUCCAAGGCAAACGUAGCUCUCAAAAUAUGCAGGGAUACACAGAAACCGUCGACUGGUGGUCCAUGGGUGUCAUUCUCUUCGAAAUGCUCGUCGGGUAUCCGCCCUUCGCCUCGGAAACACCCAGAGAGACCUGGUUCAAAAUACAAAACUGGAGGAAGUAUCUGCAAAUACCCUCGGAUGCCAAGGUCAGUCCUCAAGCUGCAGACCUCAUUAGGUAGUUCUAAAAAUAUAGAAAGCUAGUCGCGGAUCCAAGAGAGCGUUUGGGCAUCAACGGUGUCGACGAGAUAAAAGCCCAUCCCUUUUUCGCAGGCAUCCAGUGGAACAAAUUGCGUGACCGCAAAUCCCCCUACAUUCCGUAG